UAUCCCUAACGAUGUAAAUUAAAUAUAUGUGUGUUAAUUAUUGUCAUUCAAAAAAUAGAGUACUUAUGAACCCGCACGCCAUUCUUUGCGGGAAGGAAGUUACAGGUAACAGGCCACUCGACACCCAUACAAACCGAUUCAAAACGACGUCUAUCUCCAUCAUCCUUUUUCAUCGCUCGGAAAUCGAUUGGCAUAUUGAAAUUUGAAAUCGAUUCAAACGGAUCUUAUUUCAUCAAAGUAAUCACAGAAGUUUUUUGCAACUUCCUCGCAGAUCUUCCUCAUGAGUCUUAGUAAAAUUGAGAACCAAGGUUCCACCACAACGAACUUCGAUGCUAUUUCAGAUAGAGAAAUUUUCGAGCUUUCAGGUCCCUUACACCUCACUACCAUUGACUGGACUAAUCCAGAUCACCGAAGAUCUGUUGCAGCAUGUUUAGUUCAAGGCGUGUAUAUCAUAGAACGAGACCGCCAGGAAAACCGCCAGCCGCCACUAGCACCGCCAUGGUGGCAGUUUUUCAACUUUGACUUACACAGUCAACUCAUUGACGAUGCUGACUCAUGCAUCUUCGGUGCUAUCUACAAAUUCAAAAAUCCAAUUUCAGAAUCAACCCCAUCUUACAUCAUCGCGUUUCGUGGCACAUUAACAAAAGGCAACUCCUUUUCACGAGACUUAGAACUGGACAUCCACAUCAUUAAAAACGGAUUACAUCAAACAUCAAGAUUCGAAAUCGCCAUGCAAGCAGUUAAAAACAUUGUAUCCGGUCAAACAUCAAAGUCAAACAUAUGGUUGACCGGUCAUUCAUUAGGAUCCGCCAUGGCUUUGCUAGCGGGAAAGAAAAUGGCAAAAUCCGGGAUCUUGCUUGAUUCUUUCUUGACAGCUGGACUUGCUGUUGCUGCACAGAUCAGAAACGCGAAUCAACAAAGAAACAGUAAUCCGCCAGAAGAUUCGUUUCUUGCAUUGGCUGGGAAAAAGAUGGAGGAGAUAGGAGCUGGUGGGAUUGAAAAGCUGGCAACUCAGCAUUCUAUUUCUGGUGCUUUUUUGAAUGCGAUUGGGAAAGAGUCUCAUGAACCACUUCAUCUUCUUCCUUCAGCCAAUCUCACCAUUAAUUUGACUCCUGCUGUUGAUUUCAAGGAAGCUCAUGGGAUUCAUCAAUGGUGGAUAAGUAAUCAGAAGCUGGAGACUAGAGUCUACAGUUGA